GAUCGACAAUACAAAAGCACCACCUCAGCUUCAUUUCCUCCCAACCCACCUUUCGAAAGAUCGUCACAUUAUCGCAUCAUCACAACAUGCCCUGGUCCCUUGCCAUCCCCCAGCCGGUGUUUGCCUCGCCCAUUCUCUCCGUGGGACUCCCCAUCACCACUGGAUCCCUUGUUGGCUAUCUGGUCAACCGCCGAGGCACCAAAGACAAAUAUUACGCUCUUCGUCAACCUCCUCUGUAUCCUCCUCCAUGGCUGUUUGCGCCCGUAUGGACUACCUUAUACGGGAUGAUGGGCUACGCUGCCCACCAUGCAUUCACCACCGCAUCUCCCGCUGUCGAUGACCUCACCACCACCGGACAGACUCUCUACACUACACAACUCGUCCUGAACAAUAUCUGGAUGCCACUGUUCUUCGGGAUGCGACGACCAGCGCUGGCGUUGGCUGACAUUCUGCUUCUGGGAGGAAAUGUAGCGGCGUUGAUGGGGGUUUGGUGGAAGACGGAUAAAACGGCGUUUUGGUUGAUGGCACCGUAUGCGGCCUGGUUGGGAUAUGCAACAUAUUUGAAUGCGAGCUUGGGAGUGUUGAAUGACUGGACGAUUGGGAAGAAGAAGGAGUAAUCUGAUACAGAUUAAUGUAUAGAUGCUAUAACUCAGAUGAAACCGUGUUUCUGCAUGGUUUCAUCUAUCUUUAUUAUACUUCAAUAGUCUGUCAUAACAGGGGCAUUAUGCAGAAUAAUAUUAUAGUGCUAGAUAAGAAGAGUCAGCACCUUAUCCACCGAUACAACCGAGUAUUAAUAGCAGUCCAGACUCGUCCACUGUUUGGGUCUGGCCCAACUGAGUUUGAGCAAGAUGAGAGGCC